AUGCAGUUCAAGCAAAGCCCUGAUGCCUGGCUGUUAGUAGGGACAAUCCUGCAGGAAUCCGGUUAUGUCCACACGAAAUAUCUCGGUUUACAGGUGUUGGACGAUGUUAUUAUGACAAGAUGGAAGGUUCUUCCUAGGGAGCAAUGUCAAGGCAUUCGGAAUUUCAUUGUCAACUGCAUCAUCGAACAUUCAAAGACGGAAGAUAAACUAAAAACAGAGAGAGCAUUCCUUAAUAAACUCAACCUCGUGCUGGUUUCCAUCUUGAAGCAAGAGUGGCCACAUAACUGGCCAACCUUCAUUAACGAGAUCAUCUCGUCUUGCCACACUAGUCUGUCGAUAUGUGAGAAUAACAUGGUUAUUCUCAGGCUGCUAUCGGAGGAAGUUUUCGAUUAUUCCCAGGACCAGAUGACAUCCGCGAAGGCAAAGAACCUAAAGACAACAAUGUGCCAAGAAUUCUCUUCGAUCUUCCAACUUUGCUCUGAGGUACUUAACACCGCGAACCAGAGCAGCCUCAUCAAAGCCACAUUGGAAACAUUGCUCCGAUUCCUGAACUGGAUUCCUUUAGGAUAUGUUUUUGAAACGCCCAUCAUCAACACUCUCCUCAAUAGGUUUUUGGAUGUACCUGAUUUCAGGAACGUGACGCUCAAAUGUCUGACGGAGAUUGGGGGUCUUCAAAUUGGGUCUCAGUACUCGUAUGAUGAGAAACUCGUCCAGUUGUUCACGGACACAUUGACAACGGUGUCGAAGAUCAUUCCCUUGUCGUUGGAUCUCAAGCAGACCUAUGCUACUAGCAAUUCGCGCGAUCAGGAGUUUGUAUUGAAUUUAGCGCUUUUCCUUUGCAAUUUCUUCAGUGUUCGACUAAAUGUCAUCGAGAAACUUCCUAAUCGCGACUACCUCACUCACGCUCAUUUCUAUCUUAUCCGUAUAAGCCAAAUUGACGACAGGGAAAUUUUCAAGAUCUGUCUUGAGUACUGGACAAAACUGGUACAGGAAUUGUACGAGGAAAUGCAGCAGCUUCCGAUCACAGACAUCAACCCCUUAGUCAACAUGGGCGUUAGCGGUUUAUCCAACGGCGGUGCUCCCCAUCCCAACACACUUGCGAACUACCCACUACGAAAGCACAAAUACCAGGAAGUAUUAUCUAGUCUGAGAACCGUCAUGAUAGAAAAGAUGGUGAGGCCGGAGGAAGUUCUAAUCGUUGAGAACGAGGAAGGCGAAAUCGUGCGCGAGUUUGUGAAGGAAAGCGACACUAUCCAGCUCUACAAGACCACAAGAGAAUGUUUGGUAUAUCUUACUCAUCUAGAUGUCGUAGAUACGGAAAACAUCAUGGCAGACAAAUUGGCCAAGCAAGUCGAUGGCUCCGAAUGGUCGUGGGCGAACUGUAAUACGUUGUGCUGGGCGAUUGGCUCUAUAUCCGGCGCGAUGAAUGAAGAAACUGAAAAGCGAUUCCUCGUCACUGUUAUCAAGGACCUCCUUGGCCUUACUGAAAUGAAACGGGGCAAAGACAAUAAGGCCGUCGUGGCCAGUAAUAUCAUGUACAUUGUCGGACAGUACCCACGGUUUUUGAAAGCGCACUGGAAAUUUUUGAAGACGGUGGUCAACAAGUUGUUCGAAUUUAUGCAUGAAACACACGAAGGCGUCCAAGACAUGGCGUGUGAUACCUUCAUCAAAAUUGCCAACAAGUGCAAACGCCAUUUCGUCGCUCUCCAGCCUGGUGAGACGGAGCCUUUCAUCGAGGAAAUCGUCCGAACCAUGCGAAAAAUCACCUGCGAUUUGUCCCCGCAACAAAUUCAUACCUUUUACGAAGCCUGCGGCUAUAUGAUUUCAGCCCAGGGCCAAAAGGGCUUGCAAGAUCGACUGAUUGAGAAUCUCAUGUCGUUACCGAAUUCGGCCUGGGACGCGAUCAUCAGCCAAGCAAACCAGGAUCCGUCCAUUUUGCAAGAUGGAGAGACCAUUAAGAUUGUGGGAAACAUUAUGAAAACGAAUGUUGCUGCUUGUUCGUCGAUUGGAAGCUACUUUUACUCUCAAAUCGGCCGGAUCUAUCAUGAUAUGCUCAAUAUGUAUAGAGCUUCUAGUCAGCUUAUAUCUGAUGCCGUUGUUCGAGAUGGAAACAUCGCCACGAAAACGCCCAAGGUUCGGGGUCUACGUACGAUUAAGAAGGAAAUCCUGAAACUUAUAAAUAUCUACGUUGAAAAAGCGGAUGAUCUGGAGAUGGUUAAUGCUAAUAUGGUACCUCCCUUGCUGGAAGCUGUUCUUGUAGACUACAACCGCAACGUUCCGGACGCUCGGGAAGCAGAGGUUCUCAACGUUAUGACUACCAUCAUCCAUAAGCUUCAUAACCUAAUGGACGACAAAGUGCCUCUUAUCAUGGAAAGUGUAUUCGAAUGCACGCUGGAAAUGAUCAACAAGGACUUCCACGAAUAUCCAGAACAUCGCGUGGAGUUCUUCAAACUCCUCCAAGCAAUCAAUCUUUACUGCUUCCCCGCGCUCCUGAAGCUGGACGCCAGUCAGUUCAAAUUCGUGAUCGAUUCAUGCAUGUGGGCUAGCAAGCAUGAUAACAGGGAAGUGGAAAACACUGGCCUAACAAUGUGUCUCGAAUUGGUGAAUAACAUGGCUGAAACGGACCCACAAACGUCGAGCAUUUUCUUCCGGCAAUUCUACCUUCCCAUCCUGCAGGAUGUCUUUUUCGUUCUCACUGAUACUGAUCAUAAAGCUGGAUUUAAAAACCAAGCGAUGCUUCUCUCCCGAAUGUUUUAUUUCGUUCAAAUUGGCAAGAUCCAUGAGCCCCUAUACUCUCCGGAGCAGGCUCCAAUCGGUACUUCCAACAAGGAUUUCCUCGAGCAAUAUGUUGCCAAUUUACUUCAGGGCGCCUUCAAGAAUCUGCAAGAAGUCCAAAUCCGCCAAUUUGUCACUGGCCUCUUCGCGCUAAAUGACGACUUCAACAAGUUCAAAACCCACCUCCGCGAUUUCCUAAUCUCUUUGAAAGAAUUUUCUGGCGACAACGCUGAUCUUUAUGCCGAGGAGCGCGAACAGGCACAGCGGGACGCUAGGGCUGCGGAGAGGGACCGGGCGAUGAAGGUUGGUGGACUGCUGAAACCUGCUGAAAUGGAUCAGGAGGAUGAGUUGUGA